ACACCCCGCAAACUUCGCGGCAAUGGUCUGCAAGAAACAGCUUCCGAAGUCAUCAACGACUAUGCUAACGCACAGUACUACGGCUCCGUUUCAAUUGGCAAUCCGGCACAGUCAUUUCAAGUUAUUUUCGAUACGGGAUCCUCUAACUUAUGGGUACCCAAGGUGGGAUGUUCGCAUUGCGGCAACCCUUUCUUUGGGAAAAAACACAAGUAUAAUCACGAGAGUUCCUCUUCGUACGGACAGGACGACGGAUCUUUUGAUAUCAUGUACGGCAGCGGUUCCGUCAGCGGCUUCUUCUCGUUGGACGAUGUCACCCUUUCGGACGGCUUGGUGAUUAGUGGACAGCGCUUUGCCGAAGUCCAGGAUGCCGGUGGUCUCGGAUUGGCCUACGCGCUAGGGAAAUUUGACGGGAUCCUCGGACUAGGCUUUACUUCCAUCUCGAUCGACAACACACCGACGGUUUUUGAAAACGCCAUCAGCCAGAACGUUGUCGAUCAACCGAUCUUUUCAUUUUACUUGGGUGACAAUCAGCCCGGAGAGUUGACCUUUGGCGGAUUCAAUCCGGCCCAUUUUACCGGCGAAUUGCAAUACGUCAAGCUGUCCUCCGCCACCUAUUGGGAAAUAGGUAUGGACGGAGUGUCAGCCGGAUCCUACCACGCCGACCCCAAUGCCGACGGCUCGCCCAUUACCGCCAUAGUCGAUUCUGGAACAUCCUUGAUCACUGGACCCCGCAAGGAAAUCUCCGCCCUCGCUUCCUCCGUCGGGGCCAAGUCCACGAUUACAGGGCAAUUCACGAUUGACUGCGUGAAACUGGAUGAUAUGCCCGAUAUUGUCUUUCUGAUCAACGGACAAGAGUAUGUCAUUCCCGGCAAAGAUGCUGUGAUUCAAGCCCAGGGGACUUGUUUGUUUGCCUUUAUGGGCAUGGACUUUCCUAAACCAGGACCGCAGUGGAUUUUGGGAGACGUUUUUAUGCGCAAGUACUACACGGUCUUCAACUACGCGGAUGAGACGAUUGGUUUCGCUCUUUCGGUCUAA